AUGCUGAAUUCGGGUGGUGUCACAGUACUGAGACUAUCUCCUGAUAUGGUCGUGAAAUAUGGGCCACAAGUCACCACCAGCACCGAAGCACAGAGCAUGAUGUUUGUGGCAGAGUACACAAAAGCGAUCCCUAUUCCGAAAAUUUUCGCGUAUUGUACUUAUGGCCCACUCAACAGAGACAUCGAUGACUAUGGGAGCCUUUUCGACACGUACAUAUUUAUGAGUUUUGUUAAGGGUCAAACUCUCGACUCAACUUGGGACUCAUACGAUGAACUGACGAAGACCCGUAUUGCGCAUCAGCUGAAAACAUACAUGAACGAGCUCCGCGAGAUCAGAAGCGAACCAUACAUCGGGUCUGUCAACAAAGGACCUGUCAGGGACCAGAUAUUUGACAACUUCUACGUCAAAGGACCCUUUGAAUCAGAGGAGGCAUUCAACGGAACAAUCAUGGACGUAUACCAGGCAAACUCUCCAAGACGACACAUCAGAAGUUUUCUUGCGGGCAUGCUCUCCCAGAAAAGGCAUAGUAUCUGUUUUACUCAUGCCGAUGUACGUCCGCAAAACAUCAUGGUGCUUGGCGGGAGUAUCACUGCUAUUAUCGACUGGGAGUUAAGUCGUUGGUAUCCAGAAUACUGGGAAUUUGCAAAAGCGCUCUACGUGUGA